AUGAAAUCAUUACAUAAUAUAAAACUAAUUAUUAGUUUAUUAUUAUACUUUUAUUCAAUUAAUUCACCUAAAUGUUAUGCUUAUUAUAAUAUGAAUACAAAACAUAAUCCAUUAUCAUCUGAAACAAUAACAAAGAAGAAUACAUUGAAACAAUAUGAUUCUACAUUGAAUAAUUUUCAUGAUGAAUAUUCAGAUGAUACAAAACAUGAUCCAUUAAUAGAUAAUCAUUUCAUGAUGUCUUCUUUGAAUGAUGUAUUAUCAUCUUCAUCACCAUUAUUAUCUUCUUCGUUAUUACCGUCAUUAUCAUCAUCAUCAUCAUCUUCUUCUUCUGCAUCUGCAUCUUCAUCAUCAUCAUCAUCUCAUAGUGAAAUAGAAACACAUCGUUGUGAACCAGUCACAUUAAUAUUAUGUAAAGGAAUGUAUUAUGAAUAUACAAGAUUACCUAAUAUGUUUCAUCAUGAAACACAAGAAGAAGCUGGUUUAGAAGCUCAUCAAUUCUAUCCAUUAGUUCAAAUUAAUUGUUCUAAAGAUUUACGAUUUUUAUUAUGUUCUAUUUAUACACCAAUUUGUAUCAAAGGUUAUCCACAUUUUUUACCACCAUGUCGUUCUAUAUGUGAACGUGUUAAAGCUGGUUGUUCACCAAUUAUGGAACAUUAUGAAUUUCCAUGGCCAGAACGUAUGAAUUGUGAACAAUUUCCAGAAUAUAAUAAUCCUGAUGGUAUAUUAUGUAUGGAACGUAAUUUAACACAUGAAGAACAAUUAGAAUUUCAAUCAAUCAAUAUAAAAGGUGAUGAACAAUUUAAAUCAAUAAAUCAAUCAUCAAUAAAUCAAUUAAAUCAAUUAUCAAAUAAUUUACAUAGAACAUCACAAUUACAAAUCAUAAAUACAAAUGAUCAAAUGAAAUCAUUAUCAUUAGAAGAGAUUGAAUUCAAGAAUCAAUUUAAUGAAGAGGCUAGUUAUUUAUUAUUUGAAAAAGCAAUACAAAAUGAUGAUAUACAUAAAUUAAAAAUGACAUUCCCUAAUUUACAUUUAAAAUGUACAUGUGAUUGUAGACCACCAUUAAUAAAUAUUAAAAAUUCAGAAAUUAAUAAUAAUGCAAAAAUAACCGUAGCUGAUAUUAAAGAUUGUUCAAUGCCAUGUUAUACACCAUAUUAUACAUUUGAUUCAUCAUAUAAUUUUACAACAUUUUGGCUUGGUAUAUGGUCAACAUUAUGUGCUAUUUCAACAAUGAUUACAAUAUUCACAUUCAUUACAGAUUCAUAUCGUUUUCAAUAUCCUGAAUUACCAUUAAUUUAUUUAUCGGCAUGUUAUUUUAUGAUAUCUAUGGGUUAUUUAAUUCGUGUAUUUAUGGGACAUCAAGCUAUAGCUUGUGAUAGUUUACCAUAUGAAUAUGAAAAUAUACAAUCUACUAUGAAUAGUAAUAAUAAUAAUAAUGAUCAUAAUUGGUUUGAUUACAAUCCAUCUAAUGUAACACUUUUACCAAAUACAUUAACAACAAUCACCAAGGCAACAUUAACAACGGUAACAAUGAAAACAACAAAUCAAUUAAUACGUUCAAAAAUUUUACGAUAUGCAUUAACUGGUAGAGUUAGUUGUGCAGUGGUAUUUUUAUUAAUUUAUUUUUUUAGUAUGGCAGCUUCAAUUUGGUGGGUUGUAUUAGCACUUACAUGGUUACUUGCUGCAGGUUUAAAAUGGGGCAGUGAAGCAAUAUCAAAAUAUUCUCAGGUUUUUCAUUUUAUUGCAUGGUCAUUACCAGCAAGUCAAACAGCAUUAGCAUUAUUAUUAUCUAUUGUAGAAGGUGAUCCAAUUAGUGGUUUAUGUACAAUACAAUCAAAUAAAUCAAUCACUUAUAUAUUAUUUAUAUUUGCCCCAUUAUUAAUUUAUUUAAUGAUUGGUAUUAUAUUAAUGAUAAUUGGAUUUAUUGCAUUAUUUCAUAUACGUGGUACAAUUAAAUUACAAAGACCCCAUUUCAUAGAAACACAAAAAUUAGAUAAAUUAAUUCUUCGUAUUGGUAUAUUUGGUUUGUUAUAUACUAUACCAAAUUUAAUUAUUUUAUUCUCUAUUGGUUAUGAAUUACGUCAUACUUAUUUAUGGCAAUUAGGUAUUGCAUGUCAUUGUCAUUAUGAUAUUGGUCAAUAUCAUCAAAUUAAUAAUAAUAAUAAUAAUAAUAAUAAUAAUCAAGAAGGAGAAGGAGAAUUAGAACCAAUUUUACCAAUAGCAUUACCAGUAUGGAAUUCACCAAAACCAGUAUAUACUCUAAUUAUGUUAAAACAUUUUAUGAAUUUAAUGAUUGGUAUUAUAUCUGGAUUUUGGAUAUGGUCUAAUAAAACAAUUCAAUCAUGGAAACAAUUUUGUUUACAUAAAUUAUGUUUAUUUCAAUUGAAUAAAUAUAAAAGUAAUAGUAAUGGUUUAUUAAUUAAUCCAAUUCAACAUCAUAUAGAUUAUGAUAGAUUACAUAAAAAUUAUAUGAAACAAUCAAUAUAUAUUCCAUCAAUGAAAUCAAUACAAUCGAUGACACAUAAUAAAUCAAUACAUCAAUCAAUAAAUCAAUAUCCUAUAUUUAUUGAUAAUAAUGAAUAUUGUAAUACAAUUGUAAUGACUACUAAUAGUAGUAUUAUUAUUACUACUACGAAUACUACUGUUACUACUACUACUACUAAUACAUUGAGGCAACAUAAUAUUACAUCUUAUGAUUUAAUGAAUAAUGGAAUAUUAUCAAAUAUAAAUUCAUUAGUUACAUUAAGUACACCAUCUACACCAUUUUCUACACAUCCAUAUGAUAUACCGAAUCAUCAUGAUAUACAAUAUAAAUCAUCAUUGAAUGCAUAUUAUUCUAUAGAUGGUAGUACAAUAUCACAACAAUAUGGUGAUGUAAAUUCUUAUCAUACUAAUAAUAGUUUUAGUAAUAGUAAUAGUAAUAAUAAUAAUAAUAGUAAUAUUGACAAUAAAUGUAUGAUAACGAAUACAAAAAGUUAUGUAACACAAUUAUCUGGUAAUUCAAUGAAUCCUAGUUUUUCUACAUUAAGUAGUAGUUUGAAUAGUCCGCAAAAAUCUUCAGUAUCUCAUUUAAAUAACAAUAAUAAUCAUAAUUUAAAUCAUGCUAAUAAUAAUAAUUCCAUGAGUACGGGAAUUUCAAGUAGUGGAAUUAGUAGUUCACAUAUAAAUGAUGGUUUAACAAGAACUGCAUCAAAACUGAUUGGAUCUGAAUUAAAUUCUAAAUCGAUAUCACCUAAAUUUAUUGAUUAUUAUUUUAAUGGUGAACAAAGAAAUCGUGAAUUGAUUGGAUCACAAUUAACACCGACAACAACAACAACAACUGCAACGAUAACGACAACAACAACUACUACUACUGCUACAACUGUACUCUCAAUGAUCAAGUAUGAUCGUAAUAUGGAUGACAAUAAUUUAAGACGAAAUAAUCAUUCUGUUUUUGUUAAUAAUCAAUUUGUAUCGAAUAUGAUGAAUGAAAAUCAUAAGAACAACUUAUCAUUGGUACAAUAAACUAAUGGAUAUUGAACUUGAUGUACAAUAUCUUCGUUCGAAUUCGCACUGAAAUCGGAAAAAGAAUUUAUGCAACCAUCAGAUAACAUCAUCAUCUAUCAAUUAAUCGAAAUGGCUUUGAAUAACUUUAAUUUAAUAGUAUGCAGUUACAUGUUACAUGUCAUAUAAAUUUACAUACCAAAGAUAAUAUGCUUCACUGAAUGCCUAUAUUAUUGAAAUUGUACAAUAAAUGGAGGCAAUAAAUGUGCCUUGACUAUGUAUCCUUCAUACUUCUUCAUAUAUAUAUAAACCUAUAUUCAUAUAAUUCCUUUCAGUUUAAUAAUUUUCAUAAAUGUAAUUUGUAAACUACUAAAUAAUGAUAAUAAUUUGUUCACAUCUAAUAGUAGUAUUCAUACUUUACAUAACAAUCAAUUCACGUAUUCAAUGUUUAAUGCAUAUGACAAUCUAACACGGGUUUUUUUAUUUGUAAAUAUACUUUGUUUUUUUUUAAAAGUUGCACUAUUUCAUAUAAUUUCAUGAAUAUCCCAAAUCAUAGUUGGAUG